AUGCACGAAAAUUACGAUGACUGUUCGAUUAUUGAAGAAACUGCGGACGUUCCAAUGCAAGUCUUUAAGAUGGACAAUAGAAAUGUUGCACAAUUAAUAAUACCAAAAGCACAACAAUUGACGGGAAGAAAGGCAAAUGGAAAAUUUACUUGUCUUCAAUGUGGCAGGUCGUAUAUGCGUAAAGAUUCAUUGCAAAGACACGUUCACUGGGAAUGUAAUAAGGAACCGCAAUUUCAAUGUCCAUUUUGUCCGCAACGUUGUAAACGUAAAGCACAUUGGCUGCGGCAUAUUCGACCCGAGGACCUGAGCAUCACAGGAUUAAAAUGGGCAGCAGCUUGGCAAAGAUGGAGUGCAGUGCCGUCAAUAAUGUGGCGUUCGGGCGGUAGUUUGGGUAAGAGUCUUGGUUCUGGAUCAUCAUCACCCGAAGGUUUCAAUUGUCCAGCAUGUGGUCGUGUCUACAAAUUAAAGAGCAGUCUUCGUAAUCACCAAAAAUGGGAAUGCGGUAAAGAUCCACAAUUUCAAUGUCCCCAUUGUGUUUAUCGGGCUAAACAAAAAAUGCACAUUGCCCGUCACAUGGAACGAUUUUUCGCGAGCCUCGGAUGGAAUGCUGAUGGAACAAGAAGAAUUUCAAGGAAUUCAAACGAUGUGCCAGCGCCAUUGGCACCGCAGAGACGAGCGCGACUUCAUUGUCCAUCGCAUCACGUGAGCCGAAACAAUAAUCGACCAAUAAAUAUUUCAGCGCUCGAUCGUCGUCAUAAUUGUGCACGCUGUGGUAAAAGUUAUAAAAAUGCCUAUAUUUUGAAGCGUCACACACUUUAUGAAUGUGGAAAGGCGCCAUCGUUCUCCUGUCCACAUUGUGCUUUCAGCUCCAAGUAUGAGAGGAAUCUUAAGGCGCAUAUUAAUCAUCGCCAUAUGGAUGUUCAAUCGCAAUCCAGUGCCACUAUUAAUCAGCGAGCCUAG